AUGACUGAUAUGAAUGAUAAUAAUGCCGCUAUUCCUCAGCAAACUCCUAGGAAACAUGCCUUAUCUUCUAAAGUUAUGCAGCUUUUUAGAAGUGGCUCAAGAUCAUCCAGGCAAGUAAAGUCCUCAUCGAAUGCUCAACCACCUUCUAAUAUAAACACAAAUUUCUCAUCGGCGUCUAAAUCGGCAAAGCUUGGUUUGCAUACCCCAACUUCUGCUACCACUAAAGUGGCUCCUAAUCCUGCAAAUCCCGCAGCCGUGAGUAAGUCGGGCAUGUACAUGCCCGACUAUUACCAAUCUACAUCGCCAUCCCAUUCCAGUUCGUCUGCGUCAUUGAAUAACCACAUCGAUAUUAACACUUCCAAAUCGUCAUCAGCCGCUUCUUUAACCUCAUCGGUAUCAGCUUUAUCUCUUUCACCCACAUCAGCCGUUAAUACUAGUUCCAAAAGCUUGAGCCCUAAAUUUUCCCAUCACAGUAAUAGUAACACUGUCUUUACUCCUGCACCUACACCUACUCCUUCAAGCGUUAAUAGCAACGUUAACAAGAUAACUAAUACCAAUGCGCUUAACUGUGGAAGAUUUGUCGUGCAUAAAGAUGGUACUCACGAGCAUCAUCUGAAAAAUGCUAAGAGACAGGAAAAACUAAGUACAAUGAUCAAAAAUAUGGCGGGUGCGAGCAAAUUACGUGGUGAAGCAAAAUCUGCUGUUCCCGAUAUCAUAUUGGACCCAAGGACGACUCUGAAGUCCACCAAAAACCCACCUACUCUGUUUGCAGGUUUCAUGAAACAGGUUGUAGAUAUGGACGAUAAAUACCCAGAAGGUACACCUCUAAGUGGCGCCUUCAAUGGUUCUGAAAAGAAUAUGUACAUGUCAGGCUUAAACGAGUCAAAAAAUAGUGCACAGAGUACCACGUCUACCAAAAGAGAUACACAAUGUUUUGCCGAAAAAUAUGGUCGCUGUCAGGAGGUCCUCGGUAAAGGUGCAUUUGGUGUGGUAAGAAUAUGUCAAAAGAAAAAUGUUUCGUCGCAGGAUGGUAACAAAAGCGAAAAACUCUACGCGGUAAAAGAAUUUAAACGUAGAGCUUCUGAAUCCGCAGAAAAGUAUUCCAAGAGAUUGACUUCUGAGUUCUGUAUCUCUUCCUCGUUGCAUCACACGAAUAUCGUUACUACAUUAGAUCUUUUUCAGGAUGCAAAAGGUGAGUAUUGUGAAGUAAUGGAAUACUGUGCGGGUGGUGAUUUAUUCACGUUAGUCAUUGCCGCCGGGAAGUUAGAAUAUAUGGAAGCUGAUUGUUUCUUCAAACAACUCAUAAGAGGUGUUGUCUAUAUGCAUGAAAUGGGUGUAUGCCAUAGGGAUUUGAAACCUGAAAAUCUGCUGCUAACUCAUGACGGUGUGUUGAAAAUAACGGAUUUUGGUAAUAGUGAGUGUUUUAAGAUGGCCUGGGAAAAGAACAUUCAUUUAAGUGGAGGUGUCUGUGGUUCAUCGCCAUAUAUCGCUCCCGAGGAAUACAUUAAAGAGGAAUUCGAUCCAAGACCUGUGGACAUAUGGGCCUGUGGUGUCAUUUAUAUGGCAAUGAGAACCGGUAGACAGUUAUGGAGUUCUGCUGAAAAGGAUGAUCCGUUUUAUAUGAAUUAUUUAAAGGCACGGAAGGAAAAAGGUGGUUAUGAGCCUAUUGAAAGUCUGAAAAGAGCCAGGUGUAGGAAUGUCAUAUAUUCUAUGUUAGACCCCGUUCCGUAUAGAAGAAUUAAUGGGAAACAGAUUUUGAACAGUGAGUGGGGAAGAGAGAUAAAAUGCUGUCAUAACGGACACGUAUUGAAAUAG